GAUUAACAAAAUAGCAUGUAUUAGAAACAUAUUUGUUAUGAGCCAUAUCAAAUCACACACACAUCAUUUAUAUUUGAGAAAAAUCUAUAAUACAUCAGAAGGUCUAAAUUCUGCCAAUGGGCGGUUCCCAUUUCCUCCAGCGUCAAACGGUCAGAGUGUGUCCCAAACACUGCGUGGUGUUGUCCGCCCUGGGGACUGAGGCCAGGAGUGGAAACUGUACGACCGGUAAACAUCUGGGACGAGAAUGUAAAAAAACGAACUACAAACGGGAACACGAAAUAGCUUUAAACGGAGUGCCAUUUGGGCAUAAAGACUGUACAUCAGCUUUCCAAUGGAAGCGGAUGGUUUCUUGAGAAGACGUCGGAUGACCGCAGAGAGAGCAGGCGGGGACGCCGGGGUUGCUGGAGCCUCAGCCGGCGCAGAGGUCCGAUGGCUUGGGGGAAGGAUCUGGGGAGUAUCGGAGAGCCUCGUUGGGAGUUUGUCUCCCAGGAUCGGAGGCGAGACCGAGAUUAAGACUGUAAUUCAGUUCAGUGGCGGGGCCCCUGAAGUAACGUUAGCAGAUACUUCGGAACCCGACUAUGAAGGUUUGCCGCAGGGCGCUUCGACCAGCACCCACAUGGUUGCAGGAGCCGUGGCUGGGAUCAUGGAGCAUUGCCUGAUGUUCCCCAUCGACUGUGUCAAGACGCGUAUGCAGAGCCUACAGCCUGAGCCUGCUGCCCGUUACCGGAAUGUGAUGGAUGCUCUUCGGCGAAUCAUAACCACCGAGGGUGUCUGGCGACCAAUAAGAGGGCUGAAUGCCACAGCCGUGGGGGCGGGUCCGGCGCACGCCCUCUACUUCGCCUGCUACGAGAAACUGAAGAAGAGUCUGGGUGACAUCAUCCACCCCGGGGCUAACAGCCAUCUGGCCAACGGUGCGGCGGGGUGUGUAUCCACAUUGCUUCACGACGCAGCCAUGAACCCAUCUGAAGUGGUGAAGCAACGUUUGCAGAUGUAUAACUCUCCGUACCGCGGCGUGAUGGACUGUGUGCGUGCCGUGUGGCAGAGCGAGGGCGCCGCAGCCUUUUACCGCUCCUACACCACUCAGCUCACCAUGAACGUGCCUUUCCAGGUGCUCCACUUCAUGACCUACGAGUCCCUCCAGGAGCUCCUCAACCCCCACAGACAAUACAACCCCUCCUCACACAUGGUGUCUGGAGCCCUGGCCGGGGCCAUCGCUGCUGCAGCCACCACCCCUCUGGAUGUCUGCAAGACCUUGCUGAACACCCAGGAGUCCCUGGUGGGGCUCCCUGCUGCAGGCCAGGGUGGAGGUCAGGGGACACACAGACACAUCACAGGCCUGGCCCAUGCCUUCCGGACAGUGUACAGGCUGGGUGGCCUGCCUGGGUUCUUUAAAGGAGUCCAGGCCAGGGUGAUCUAUCAGAUGCCCUCCACAGCCAUCAGCUGGUCUGUCUAUGAGUUCUUCAAGUACGGAAUCACCAAGCACCAGCACGAGAAGAGGAUUGCGCAGCGGAGGGAGGGAGAGAAGUAGAGAAGAAAAAAUAAAGAAUCCUCUUCAUUCAGCCAUCUCUCUUUGUCAUCUCUUCCAUUUUCUCUCGAUCAACCCCCUUCCUUUGCCUUUCGGAGCAAGCAGGUGUUCAGAGCAAGGAAGAAUUGAGAGGAAGAAUCGAUACGCACAUAAACCAACCAAUACCCUCUACCCCGUUCAGACAGCCAAUAAGAAAGUCUUCCAGAUGUGGUUCAACUAAUAACAUCCCUGCUAAACUGUUUGCAAAUGAAAAUGUACAAUUUUC